AGUCUCGUGAGACCUUUAGUAGUGGACUGCUCGGCUAAAGGUAGGACGGUCCUCGGCACCACUAAUAACGCGGUACAUAUCACGAAGGUCCCAGCUGAAGCCUUGCGUAUUUAUCAGCACCAGACAACUGACGAAUUGCUGAAAGGCCUGCAGCACCACGACUCCAGUUUGAGAAGCUCAUCUGAACCAUGGGGAACAUUUUUGGGAAUUUGCUGAAGAGCCUCAUAGGAAAAAAGGAGAUGAGGAUCUUGAUGGUUGGGCUCGACGCUGCAGGGAAAACGACAAUUCUUUAUAAGCUCAAACUGGGGGAAAUAGUCACUACAAUUCCAACUAUUGGAUUUAACGUGGAAACGGUGGAGUACAAGAACAUCAGCUUCACCGUGUGGGAUGUGGGUGGACAGGAUAAGAUUCGUCCCCUGUGGAGGCACUACUUCCAAAACACGCAGGGUUUAAUCUUCGUGGUGGACAGCAACGACAGAGAACGUGUGAACGAAGCUCGAGAGGAGCUGAUGAGGAUGCUGGCAGAGGAUGAGCUGAGAGAUGCAGUGCUCCUCGUGUUCGCUAAUAAACAGGACUUACCGAACGCAAUGAACGCCGCCGAGAUCACAGACAAGUUGGGCUUGCACUCCCUCCGCCACCGCAACUGGUACAUCCAGGCCACCUGCGCCACCAGCGGCGACGGCUUGUACGAGGGCCUUGAUUGGCUGGCCAAUCAACUCAAGAACAAAAAAUAAGUGGGCGGCUGGAAAAAAAAAACAACAACAAAACAAACAAAAAAAAAAACAACCACCCAAAUCCAACUUUAAAGAAAAAAUAUCCUUUUUUCCUGGGAAAGUGGUUCAGGUUGGGUUUUGAUUGAUUUGUACAAAAUAAUAAUCUGAGUCAGGAGGAGGUUUGAUUUAGUUGUCAGUGGUUAUUUAAAAAAAAGAAAUUAAAGAUUCUCCUGUUCAUAUCUAACUACACACACACGUAUACACACUAACUGUAACUCGUCACAGACACUUGCUUUUCUUCUCCAUCCACUUGUUUUUCAGUGCAAUGUACUGUAUGUUGGUCUCCAGGUGCUGUGCUGAGUCAGCAGUCAGUCAGACUUUUAUGUUUUGUUUUUGUUUUGUUUUUUUUGUUUGUAACUCAUCCAAAGAUAAGUUCUAUCAGAUCAACUUUUAUUAUAUUUAGUCUCUUAUUUCCUGCAGGGUAACAGCCAUGUUUAAAAAAACCAAUAAUGCAGAAGCUCAUAGCACCACAGCAGCCUCUGAUUGUGGCUUGUUCUCCUUUCUCAUUUGUGAGCAAUACUGAGCACUUUGAUUCUCAUGUUUAGUGUUUAAACUUGUCUCCUUGUCUUUGUGUCAGAGGCUCAGGCAUUAAUUGUGAACGGCUGGCAAUUCUCAACACUUUUUUUUUCAAAUGUUUGAGUUGCGUUUUGACACCUCGUGAGGCAACCUGAAGCACCGAGGCCGGCCUUUUUAAAUAUUUUAAAACACUCUCAAUUGCCUGACCCGCGUGCGUCCUGCUCACCACUCACAUCUCUGUCCUUAGAGCCGAGACGAUGCUGUUUGUAGAUUUGUCCUCACAACAGGGCGCAAAACUGGAAACAUUUAUUUGCCAGCUUUAUUGUGAGGGUAGAGGUGCACUAGAAUAUAUUUAAAAACCAUCGUCUUGUGUGAAUAAUGAGUUCAGACUGCAUCAGGUUGCCCUUGCUUGUGUGUUUUUUUAGUUUAAUUUAGCAGAUUCUGUCUCUAAAAGCUGUGCUACUGAAUGUGAAUAUUUAAGCGGCUGUAUUUAUGGUCGUUCCUCGCCCAUCGCCCCAUGACUUGUCUGCGUAUUUACGUGAAGGAAAGCAGGGUAAGCAGAUGUUUGUGUCACAGCUCUCUGAAACUCCGCAGCCGAACGACUGCGUCACAGCUGAAACCAGCAGAUUCUAUAAACUUUACGUCUCCAUAAAGCUAUUUCCUCAUGCUAUACACGGAUGCUACGAUGAGUUCCAGCAUCACAACCCCCCAACUCAUCGGUGCAUGUUUCACAACCAGUUACUGUUUGUUUAGAAAUUAAUGGUUUGUUUUAUGUGGCCUUAUAUUCAGAUUGGUUUCCUCUCAGCUGGUUUGGUUCUGGUUUUGAGUCGUGAAUUUAUGGAUUAAAACUUUAUUCAGUUUUUUGUUCUCUCUGUGCCUCUCAAAAAGGCAGGUUUUGGCACCACAGGCUAUCUUUAGUUUUGCUGGUAUACCAGAUUCAUAUUUAGUUGUAGCUUUUUGUAUUUAGUUUGAGGUUUAGAGGAAACUUUGAUGUAGAUUGUGUCUGUAAAACGAUGAUAAUCAAUGUGAAAAAAAAUACUCCCAAUGAUUCAUUCUGUACCGUUAUAGUUACACAAGUAGAUAAAAAAAAACAAUGGUGAAGACUAUGUUUUAAUGCUGAAUGCACAGAGACAUCUGUAUGUGGUGUAAGAUGAGAUCCUGCUGUAUUACGAAUAAACCCAUUUUCUGUACGA